GCUCAAGCUAUAGUGAAAGUGGGCGCGCAAAAUGGGUGGGUGCGCUUCCCGACGACGACCGAAGAAAAGGCGGCCGUGAAAGAAGGCUUCCUUCGGCUCGGCGCCAUUCCGGGAGUGAUCGGCUGCAUCGACGGCACCCUCAUCGGCAUCAAGGCGCCCAAGGGACCCCGCAAGGCUUCGUUCAUGUGCAGGAAGCACUUCUACGCCCUCAACGUUAUGAUCAUCUGCGAUGCGGCGAUGCGGAUCCUGGCCAUCGACCCUAUGCGACCGGGGUCAGACCAUGACUCGUUCGUCUGGCAGACGACCUGGCUGCGCCGACGGUUCCUGGCGGGGCGCAUUGCAGAGCCAGGCGAAUACCUGCUUGGUGACAGUGGCUACCCAUUGGAGCCGUGGCUCCUCAUCCCGGUCUCUGGUGAUCCUUCCGUGCACAGUGCCGAAGGCAGGUUCAACGCUGAGCACAUCACCAUGCGCUCCAUUGUGGAGCGGUGCAUUGGCAUGCUUAAAGCCCGCUUCCGGUGCUUGCAGCGUUACCGCACCCUCCACCACGAGCCAGAGCGUGCUGCUGACAUUAUUGCAGCAUGUGCUUCCCUUCAUAAUCUAUGCUUAGGUGAGGGUGCCACUGAGCCGGUUGAUGAGUUUGAAGGCAUUGAAGACUUUUUCAGCAGCAGCAGCAGCAGCAGCAGCAGCACCAGCAGCGAAGAUUCUAACGGGUCCCCCAUCCAACAGGGUUUGACCCGAAACAGGGCCACAAGAAGCUAUUAUUUAAGAGGGCGCGCAGUACGGGACGGUGUCAUUGCGCGCUUUGGCACCACCCGUGCGCAGCACUACGAGUACUUGAGGAGGGUGCGCCGGCGGUUGCGACGCCAACAGCAUCGUUGGUAG